AUGAAAAACACUUGGACGAGAGCGAUGCAUGCUCUAGUCCUCGCCUCGAUUUGCGUACAAGUCUUGGCGCCGGUUUCUGUGUCGGCAUUCUCCUUUACGUCUUGGUUCGGCAACAACAACAACGACGACGACAACUCAAGAGGUCAACAAGGCGCAGGAAGCAACACCGAAGCUAACCUCUCCAAUGGCACAGAUCUCAAACCGUAGCAGCCUCUCUUGGAUGCCGAGGCAUGGUUCCUCACUGAGCAGGAAAUUACCGAGUCGCGGGGCGGAAUCCCGCGUAGCGAUAUGUCGGUUUACACGACUGGUAACAAGGUGACGUCCUAUACAGUGACGAAUGAGUUCUACAACGCCGUCUACGACGAUUUGAGCACGACCAAGGAGGGAGACCGAGUCAUGUUAGCCACAUGGCUCGCAGCUGUCGUCCCGCUCAAGCCCGAUGUCGACCCUACAGGCGCCAAGUCCGGUUUCAAGGAAUUUUUCGCUGGCAUUGUGGAGAGAGGAGGGGACGCCAACAUAUUGGGCUGGGCGAGCAUUGCAGGCGGAUACAUGCCCUACAACAUCAAGGCGCACGACGCCAUCAACAGCAUCCCAAAGUCGCCGAACAAUGGAGCCAAGGCCCAGUACAUUUUCGAUGACCGCGUCAACUUGAUCGCUUCGCACCACCAAAAGACGCUGGUGAUCGCUGCGAACAUUUCAAAAGACGAAGACGAUCAGCCGGUGGCGUAUGUGGGCGGGAUUGACCUCGCCAACGAUCGAUGGGACACCAUUUACCACAACAACGCAGCCAUCCGUGACGCGGCAAACAUCACGUGCCAACAUAAGGGCUGGGUAGAUGGAUCCCUUCGCAUCCACGGUCCUGCUGCCAAAGACGUGGCCAACAAUUUCUUGGCACGAUGGAAUUCGGAUUAUUUACCUUGUCGAGGAUUGGACGACGAUCUUCUUGGCUUCAAGAACCCACUGUACGAAGAUCUCACUAGCAGCAACACGACAUCCAAACUCGGCAACCAGAGCAUCCAAAUCACGCGAAAUUUGAGCUGCAAGUAUAAACAUUACAAGGAGUUUGCACCAAAAGGUGAAAUUUCGCUGUUUAAAGCACGCCUCAAAGCCAUCAAGAACGCCAAGAACUUCAUCUACGUCGAGGACCAGUAUUUCGUCCUGGUGCCAGAGCUGCUUGAUGCGUUGAUGGAGGUGAUGCCGAAGAUCCAACGCCUGAUCGUGGUGACGAAGGAGCAGACGAAUGCCUUCUCAAAUGCAGGGUACAUCAAGUACCUGUACCAAAACGUCGAGCCUAUCCGAUCCAAGUACCCGAACAAGUUCAAGAUCUACACCACCAAAGCAGAGCUGGGCCUCUGCAUCCACACCAAACUUGUCAUCAUCGACGACGUGUACCUGUCCAUCGGGUCGGCGAACUGGAAUCGCCGUAGUAUGACGGCCGACUCGGAGCUCAACGCAGAUGUCGUGGACGGUGACACGGUUGAGUCGCCUGAAGGAGUGACUGUGGGCAAGUUGCCUCGAGAUUUCCGUAUCCGCAAGUUUGUGGAGAUGACGGGGCUGAACUAUGAAGAGCUGGAUGCUAUGACUUUCGUUGCGGCAGCGGACCAGUUUGCGCUCGCUGCUACCAAGGAGUCGACAAUCCUGGCCACUAACGUUGUCAAGCAUCACUCGUACUUUUUUGCCAUUACAGAAGCAAUGAGGAAGCUAUCGGAUCCGGAGUUUACUUGCAGCUCAGACAGAUAG